CUGCGCCGGUGCCCGGCCCGGGCGCAGCGGUCGCGGCAGCCUGCGGGCCUCAGGCCGCGAGCCCCGGGGCGGCGGCGCGGGCCGCCAGCGGCCGCAGCGCUGCACGGGCGAGCAAGCGGGAGAUGCCGAAGCUGCGCGGAGAAGCCUUCUGGAGGGAGACGUUGCGGAGCGCCCACUACGUGGUGGCGCCCAUGGUGGACCAGAGCGAGCUGGCCUGGAGGCUGCUGAGCCGCCGCCACGGCGCCCAGCUCUGCUACACACCGAUGCUGCACGCCCAGGUCUUCCUCAGGGACGCCAACUACCGCCGCGAGAACCUCUACGACGAGGCCUGUCCCGAGGACCGCCCGCUCAUCGUGCAGUUCUGUGCCAAUGAUCCUGAAGUGUUUGUCCAAGCAGCACUGUUGGCUCAGGAUUACUGUGAUGCCAUAGACCUAAAUUUGGGUUGCCCCCAAAUGAUUGCAAAGAGAGGUCACUAUGGAGCAUUCCUGCAAGAGGAGUGGGAUCUUCUUCAGAGAAUGAUUUUACUGGCUAACGAGAAGCUCUCUGUUCCCAUCACAUGCAAAAUCCGCGUUUUCCCGGAGAUUGACAAGACAGUGAAGUAUGCACAGAUGCUGGAGAAAGCUGGCUGCCAGCUGCUGACUGUGCAUGGCCGUACUAAAGAACAGAAAGGACCACUUGCUGGCGUGGCAUCUUGGGAGCACAUUCAAGCUGUAAGAAAAGCUGUAAACAUUCCUGUAUUUGCAAAUGGAAACAUCCAGUGUCUCAGUGAUGUGGAAGAGUGCAUCCGUAAGACAGGAGUACAUGGUGUCAUGAGUGCAGAAGGUAAUCUUCAUAACCCAGCUUUGUUUGAGGGCCGGAACCCAUUGGUGUGGGAGAUGGCUGAGGAGUACCUGGAGAUCGUGCGGAAGUACCCCUGUCCAUUGUCUUAUGUUAGGGCUCAUCUCUUCAAGCUCUGGCAUCACACGCUUCAAGUUUACCAGCAGCUGCGUGAAGAAUUAGCAAAAGUGAAGACUCUAGAGGGCAUUGUAGAUGUCAACAGGGAGCUGAAACUGCGAUGUCAGGAAGAAAUAGCUAAUCAGAAAGAAGGAGAAAAGCCAAAAGAAGGGUUGCCUUUUUUCCACUGGAUCUGUCAGCCAUACAUCAGGCCAGGGCCAAAGGAAAGAUGCAGGGAGAAUGGAGAUAGUGGAACUGAAAAAGGUGUGCGAGGAAAACGUGCUCUGGAAGAAGAGGAAGAUGGAAAUUCUGAGCUUCUGUCAAAGAAUAAACAAAAAAAGAAGUUAAGAAAUCCAAAUAAAAGCUUUGAUCCAUCUUUAAAACCCAAGUAUGCAAAAUGUGAUCAAUGUGGAAACCCUAAGGGCACUAAAUGUGUGUUUAACAUGUGCCGAGGAUGCUGUAAGAAAAGAGCAUUCAAGGAGGUAGCAGAUUGUCCAGGUCAUGGACUACUUUUUAAGACCAAGUAUGAAAAAUCCCUUUCAUGGCAGCACAGCCAAAAAGGAAUUCAGACCCCAGAGAUCAGUCAGAGAGGAGACACAGAGGUGGGGGAGACAGCAGUGCUGAAGGAGGCUGGUGACAGUACAGGGUGAAGCUUUGGAAAUGAACAGUCCAAGAGCUCCUGCCAGACCACUACACUACUUCCCUGGGCCAAAGAAUGUGUCAUCUCCAGCUCACUGUCAGCUGUGUGAACUUCUUCCACAUAAUUAAGUUCUGGAAAAGUUUUAUUUAAGUAAAAAACUGCUUACUCAGGGAAUUAUCCUGCAUUUGAAAUAAAAGAGAUGCAAUUAAAUGUCUAAUGCUGUA